GUUGGAAACUUUACUCUAUUCACACUAUAUAUACCUUAUUUUCACCACUAAAUCUUUAUAAAUAUCAGAGCUUUACAUUUGUUUCAUCAAAUUUCUUUAAGUUUUCACUAAUACACCAAACCCCAUAUCAAAAUCCAAUCUUUUCAAGAAAACUUUGAUCAUUUAUAGAGACUACUAAAAUUAGAACACAUUUCAAAGAAGACACAUACUAUCUAACUCACCUCAAAUCAUCUGAAAGAAAAUCACUUCAAGAACUCAAAGAAAAGCUCAAAGCAACUCCUAAUGGCUCUGAUUCAAUGUGGGGUGUUCAGCUUUUAGGUGGAGAAGAAAAGGCUGAUGUGAUUUUGUUAAAAUAUCUGAGGGCUAGAGAUUUUCGAAUUCAAGACUCUCUGCAAGUGUUGCUGAAAUGUCUUUCUUGGAGGAAAGAUUUUAAGUCUGAUUGUAUUUUGGAUGAAGAUCUAGAAUUUAAAGCACUUGAAGGGCUUGUGGCUUAUAUGAGUGGGUAUGAUAAAGAGGGACAUCCAGUUUGUUACAAUGCAUAUGGAGUUUUUAAAGAUAAGGAAAUGUAUGAUAAGAUAUUUGGUGAUGAUGACAAAUUGAAGAAGUUCUUGAGAUGGAGAGUUCAGGUUCUUGAAAUGGUUGUUAAGUUGUUGCAUUUCAAGCCUGGUUGAAUAAAUUCGAUUAUUCAGGUUACUGAUCUGAAAGACAUGCCUAAAAGAGAGCUUAGGGUAACCUCUAACCACGUUCGGUCACUCUUUCAGGAUAAUUACCCCGAAAUGGUUGCUCGUAAGGUACAUUAUGCCGGAAGAGGUUUCAGUUCAGUAUGGAAGGUUAAGCCGUCCGGGUGAUUCAGAGAGUGAUCCACCAAAACCAGCUUCUGAGUUUACUAUUAACGGUGGAGAGAAAGUAAACAUACAGAUUGAAGGCCUUGAGGCUGGUGCUAUGAUAACAUGGGAUAUAGUGGUUGGAGGGUGGGAGUUGGAGUACAGUGCUGAAUUUGUGCCACACGCUGACGGCAACACUAAUGCCAUUGAGAAACCGAGGAAAAUGGCAGUCACAGAAGAAACGAUUCACAACUCAUAUACAACAAAGGAAGCUGGGAAAAUGGUGUUCUCCGUUGAUAACUCUAACAGGGCCGGAAAAGAAAGGUAGCUGCAUAUCGAUAUCUUGUCCAUACAGCUAUUACUACACAUUAAUCUCAGUUGAAAAUCCUUUUGCCCUUUAUUUGAUUUGAUAUUGUUCCGAAAGAGUAAUGUAUAUUAUGUAACAACAUACCCACAUCGUCUAAUACUGCUACAGUGCUACUGCACCUGGAUUGUGUAUACUUACUAGUAUAACACGUAAGAUGUAUAAACAAUGCCACAGAAAGGAAGAAGGUUGUGUGUUUGACAUGAUUUAUCUAUUUCUCUUGGCUUACUAUGUGCUUGUAAGUUGAGAUGUAGCAAGUUAUUCUUGUGCUUGUUUAUCUUGCCGUUCUAGAGGCUCGUGACUAAGUAGGAACAUUGUAUUGUAUUACAAUAUGCGUAAGGUAGAUUUAGAUUUGGAGGAUAGCUUUGUAGAUUUUGUUCAGCAAGGGCAAAAUUUUGUUGGUUUCUCAGGUCUGCCUUGUUGGCCGCUAUCAUCUAUUGCUAUCCCAUAUUUAUUGCAUAAAUGUAUGGUAUACUGGAUACAUAAGCUCUGAUUCUAUAGUUUUCCCUCUAUUAUGAG